AUGGGCUCUGCCAUUCCUGUGCAUCCCAAGGACGCGCCGCCGGCAGCGAGCAUCUCCUCGUCGUCUGCGUCUUCGUCUGCGCUGCUGGCUCAGGGGGGCCAGGCGGCGGCCGCAGGGAGCGCGGGCUCUGGCGGGAAGCAGAAGAGUCCCCCCAGGGGCAGCCCGACGGCCAACAUAGGCUCGCUCUCGGAGUGCCUGGGAGUGCUGAACUUCUCAGCGCCGCCGACGCAGACGCCGACCAGGACGAAGGCGAAGGCGAAGACAAAGUCCGUCUCGAACGCUUCUCUCUCGCCGGAGAUCAGGCCAGGGAAGACGCAGACGCCGACUCCUGUUGCCCCUACGGCUGCUGCUGGUGCUGCUGCUGGUACUGCUGGGGGCAUCUCUUCGUCGCCUGUUGAGAGCUCCCCUUCCGUGGCUACGACGUCGAACUCGCUGGUGACAGCCCUGCCAUUGAGUCCCUUUGACGAAGAGAUAUUCGAAGAAUUCAAAGAAUGGGGGUCUCAGUAUCUGGCGGAGGCCGGACAGUCCCCCCUGGGCGAUAUUCUUGCCUUCUGCUGCGAGUCCAGGUCGUUGGUGGCCAACUGUCUCAUGUUUCAACUGACCCUGCACCCGGAGCACGAGGACAAGUUCGAGGAAUACUAUGCAAAGUGCCUCAGGCUCUUCCGCGAGGACGUCUGUGAUACCAAGGCUGCCAUGAAAGACGCUACCCUUAUUGCUGGGAUAUUACUCUGCUCUACGGGAAUGAACCGAUGCAUGAAAUGGACCGUCCAUCUCAAUGGCCUUUACUCCAUUAUCCAAUGCAGAAACGCGGUAUCCGCUCCUAGUCCCAUCAGCUCCGAGAUCCUGGACAGCAUUGGCUUCUUCGACCUGCCUACACAUGUCCUGGGCCGGGCAACCAAACCGCUGCAUAUCUGGCGUGACUACUGCCGCGGUAAAGGCGGGAUAGAACCCAAUAGCAAUAUUCCCUUCAGCCUGAUAGACCUUCUUUCCAUGGUCGGCCAGCCAGGAGUCGAGAUGCAGCUCUGGACGUGGCAGUGGGACAACAACAGCAGCAGCAGCAGCAGCAGCAGCAGCAGUAGCCCCGGUAGAAACGCCCAUCCGCCCAGCCUAUUGACUCGUCUGGCAUGGGAUGCCACUCGUCUGGCGGGGAUCAUCUCCUCGAGAGAAUACAAGUUACUCAACUACGCCCAGACCGCAGACCUAUCCCCUUCAAACCCAUAUCAACCUACCCAGAGCGAUGACGGCUGUCCAGCUACCCCGUUCCUGGUUGAAGGCAUCCUUUCCAACCUUACUACCAUCCUCACCACCGAGUCACAGCACCAACAUCACCAACAUCAACCUCCGCAGGAGGUGUGCGAGGUUCUAAAUCUUUUACUCUACCCUGCCUUUGUUGCCGGAAGCCAACAUACCUUGCUCACACCUCUGCAUAAACAGCGAAUCGAGGCAUUCUGGCAGGAAUUAUUUCCCGACAUGGGCGCUGACGGGCCUGGGAUGCCGCAUCUUCAGGUUCCCCUGGACAUUCUGCGCGAUCUAUGGAGAGAUGCUAGAGGAAGGACGGUGGAUAUGAUUGCUAAAGAACGAGGAGUAGAAAUAGGACUGUUCUGA